GUGAGCUUGACUCAUUGUUUCCCGCGUUUCCGGCCUCGAGAAGACAGCGCCCCCUGCCGCCACACACAUGCUCCUGUAGUCCUUCCCAUAUCCACGACCACUCAGCGCCUGCCACGUGACUCGCUCACCACGCCAUCAAUAGCAGCUUGUCCCGUCCAUCUCGUUAGUCGCAACAGCUCAAUCGUAGCGCCGAUAUUCCGCAGCCUUGCCCGCAAAAUCUCACGCCCAAAAUGCCCUUUCUCCAAUCCAUCUCAAGCCUCUUUUCAGGCAAUUCUUCAAAGUCCAAUCCGAACCGCUACAACAACAGGCGCUCCGUUAUGGACUCUACCCGCGACGCAUUCAGUCUACCGACCACCAAUGCUGGUAACAUACACUAUGGCAACGGGUACAAUGAUGGCCCACAAUUGGAUAGCGCGUCGUCUUCGCCUGGUCCUAGUAGACGUAACAGCAACGCUUACAACAACAAUUACCCUCCAAGAGACUUCUCCGCGAACCCAAAUUCCUAUCCUCCCUUAACCCAUACUUUCCACCGACUGCGUAAAACCCUUGCUGGCUCAUUCCCCGAACUCCUCGAAACACUCAACCCACCUGUCAAUCCGACUUUACUGGCCACCUUUGAGGCCGAAAUCGGGUGUCCACUUCCUCGCUCGGUACGCGAGUCUAUCCAAGUUGCAGACGGCCAAGACCUCGAGACCACUGGCAACAUCUCCGGCUCCGGAGGAUUGUUUUUUGGGCUGUAUUUUCUGCCCCUUGAGGAGGUUAUGCGGGAGUGGGCAUUUUGGAGAUACGCGGAAGAUGACCCUACAGUAGGUGGAAACCCGGCGAUAUUGGCGACUAUGGCGUCUGUCCCUCCUCAAUGGAUCAAAACUGUCUAUGCGUGUAAAGGCUGGAUCCCGCUGUUAAGUGAUCGAACAGGGAAUUAUGUCGGUGUUGAUCUCGACCCGGGGGCGAAUGGCGCGUGGGGACAAGUCAUCGUCUUUGGACGAGAUUUUGACCGAAAGUGCGUCCUUUGGAAUGGGGAUGGCGAAGGCGGCUGGGGUAAAUGGUUAGCCGCGUUUGUGGAUGAGCUGGAGUCCGGUGAAGGAUGGGAAGCGGACAAGGCUGCUUCGUCAGAUGAAGAGGAGGAGAUCGGGUAUAGCAGCUAUAACGGUGGAGGGACAUAUGGUGAGGUUGGAAGUGGACUCCGGCUCGCGGGCCAAUACCGAGGAUGGAAUGUGCUUGAAGCAUGGUGGGAUAGGAGUGUGAGAAAGUGGGAAUCAUUAGGAUUGGGAUUAGACAUUGAAGAGGUUGAAAGAGGAUUAGAAGAGGCUAGAAGGUUGACAGGCUACGGUGUGAGUGAAACUGAAGGGAAAGGGAAAGGGAAAGGAAAGGGCAGAGAGGGGACCAAUGGGAACACAAGUAACAGCAACAGCCCGCUGCAAGAAAGCCUUGGCGGUUCUCAACACCUCGCUGCAGUACCGGGAACUCCUGUAACCCGUGAUUCCGAUGUUCUCCUCCCACCUUCAUCUCCCGAACAACCAUCCAUCCCCAAAAUUAGACAUCCAUCUCCUUCCCCCGUGAGAGUCAUUACACCAGUGACAUCUACCAUUGAUCAUCCUCUCAAACCGGGACCACCCUCUACUGUUUCCGGUUCAGGUUCAGGCUCGGGAUACCUUUCACCUCCUACUCAUUCUCCAUCUCGGCGUAAGCGCGCACCUGCCCCUGCACCUACACCCAUUGACCUCCCCACACGAGCCGAUAUCCAAGCCAUGUCCGCUAUCGCCCAAGCUGAAACUUCGGGUCUCCGCGGUGGCUGGGUGAUGAACCUCGAUACCUCUGUCGGAUCCGCCGCCCGUCGUGCAUCUCGUCUGUCUUCUCUCGGCUCGGGAUCCCAGGGAAGGGGAAGUAUGGAUGCGGAGAUGGUGGAUAUUGAUCUUGAAGGUGGACGGGCAGUACCAUUUGGUUCGCCAAACAUGACAGAGGACGAGUUGGAGAGGCAAAGAGAAGAGGAAAGGAUGGCACAUGCGGGAUUGGAACAUCGACGGAGUCCCGUGAUGCUCAAUUCCCGUACCCCUUCUCCUCUCGCCCGUUCCCCUCAUUCAUCUCAUUCCCCACUCUCUCCACAUUCCCCCUCUUUCCAUUCUCCUCACUCUCCAUACUCUUCUCGCCCACCCUCUUUCGAAACUCGCACCGCCAUCAUCACUACCGAAGACCCUUCCCGGGAAAAGACACCCAAAGCAUCUCUUCGCUCACCAAACGCCCCAUCCCCAUUGGACGUUACCGCAAUCCCUCAAAGUGUAUUGGACGCUACUAGCAUGAUUCGCCCCCCGCCGCCUGUAGCAAACAACUCAAGCUUAACAAUUCGGGGAUACGAUGGUGAAGAGAGGGAUCGAUCUCUUGUACGAGCCAACUCGGGAGCUUCCAAUGGUCAAAGAUCUCCCCGGCCAGAAAGGUCGGGGACGACGCCCAUUCCCGGUUCCGGACCGACGCAGCAGAGAUCGAUGACAAGGGGCCAGCGGGAGUCUAGCGUCAUCUCCACAGAUAGCCAUGACGGUUUGCUCGAAAGUGUUUCAUACCGUAGAAGUGUGUCUCCCGUCUCGGUUUCUGAUGCUUCCGCACUUGAAGGUGAAGAGGUAAUGGAAAGCCCUAGUACUAUCAAGAGUAUGGAGAGUGAGAACCAAAUAAAGGAGAGGAAGACGGGGAUAGAAGAGGGCUUUCAGGAGGUGAGCCUUUGAGAGGCGUUUCGGAUGAUUAUGCCAGGAAUGUUGCCAAACUGUGGACUGUUGAGCGUCGUGGGCCAGGUGUAAGAGGACGGGUCAAGACUGUCUUAUGUUUUAUCAUGAGCAUAUUCAAAAAAGAGAUGUUUUCUGCAUUGUUAGACAAGCUUUUAGUGCCUUUAUUCAAAUCCUGCAUUGACUUCCAUCUUGAAGAGCUUAGGUAUAUGUAGGAAAAAAAAGGCGGUAACAGUUGGGCGCGAAGAGGCCCAAGGAGAAAAAUAUAGAGUGCUUAUUCCGAGUACGAUCAUGGACAAUAGAUACCACUUUCUUUCUUCGCAAAGAUAAGCUAUAUACCCACUUCUUUCUUACCAUUGAUAUUGAAAAUGUGUUUUAUCUCAUCGUACUUUGGCAUGGAUUUUGAUA